AUGUUCUUCCGUCAGUCGCUGCGCUCGUCUUCGGCAUUGUUUGCAGGCUAUAGGGUUACAGGUCGAAAGUGCACGCGAACGCUUCGAACACUACCUCAAUUCUCACUCGAGAAUAAGACAUGUGUUGUGACCGGUUCAGCGAGAGGCCUGGGAAAGGAAUUUCUGACUGCUUUCGCCCUGUCUGGCGCUCGAGGAGCGUGCGUCGACCUGUCGCUCAAGGACUGUGAAUCCUCCAUCUCAUCCAUAUCGUCACAUGUCCAAUCGACAUAUCCCAAUGAGUCUGUCCCUGAGUUGCGCGCGUACGAAUGCAAUGCAACGAUAGAGUCGGACGUCAAGUCAACAUGGGCCAGGAUCGUGGAGGAUUUUGGCAAAGUCGACGUCCUUGUGACUGCGGCCGGCAUUGUGGACAAUGUCGAGGCCGAGAACUACGACUAUGCGCGCUGGCGCAAAAUGCUCGAUGUCAACCUCGAUGGCACAUUCCUCUUUGCACGCGAGGCAGGCCAGCACAUGCUGAAGUACAACAUCCAAGGUUCUAUCAUUCUGGUUGCCAGCAUGUCAGCCACCAUCUGCGUGCGGCCGCAAAAGCAGGCGGCCUACAACGCUUCAAAGGGAGCGGUACAAAUGCUGUCCAAGAGCCUGGCAACCGAAUGGGGACCCCGAGGGAUUAGAGUCAACAGCCUGAGCCCGGGCUACAUGAAGACCGAUCUGAUCAAGGGAUUGUUGGAGCACGAAGGAAAAGAAUUGGUCGGAUCCUGGGAGAAGGAUAUCCCCAUGGGCCGAAUGGCAGAGCCGCACGAGUUGCAAGGCACCAUUGUCUGGAUGGCUUCCGAUGCCUCCAGCUACCUGAAUGGAAGCGAUGUGGUAAGCCACGAGUCUGGCCCUGAAUCCCACUAUUUUUGCACUACUGAUUAUUUCUGCUCCAGAUUGUUGAUGGAGGGUAUACUUGCUGGUAGCGACCGUGGUCUUGAGCGUCGGUCCGGCGUAAAGGGCUGGGAACCAAUGCAUUUUGGCUAUGCAAAUGACAUUCAGCCAAUUCUUCUGCAAUCGAAGCCCCUGAGAUAA